AUGGCGUCCGUAACAACAGCCACCUCGGAGUGGAUUCAGUUUUUUAAAGAUGCAGGGAUCCCAGCCAGUCUUGCUGUCACAUAUGCAGUUUCUUUUGUGGACAACAGAAUUCAGAAGAACAUGCUGAUGGACCUCAGUAAAGACAUCAUGAUGGACCUGGGUAUCACAGUCAUUGGGGACAUCAUUGCCAUUCUUAAACAUGCCAAGCAGGUCCACAGGCAGGACAUGUGCAAAAUGGCGACAGAAGCCAUCUCCUCAGGACAGACCAGUGUUCAAGCUGAGCUCAGAAGAACUGCCAAAACUCCUGCCACUCGCAUGAUUGCCAACGCCUUGAGCCAUGACUCCCCACCAGCUACUCCAGCCUGUCGACAAGACAGCCGCCUCUCUGUCACUGUGUCCAACGUGCAAGCAACCAAGAACAGCAAAACGGUCGUAAGUCAACCUGCUGAUGAGGGAAACGGUUUGCCAGCAGUGAAGCGCCGGCGCGUGACGGCAGAGAUGGAAGGAAAAUAUAUCAUCAACAUGCCCAAAGGCACCACAGCUCGUACCCGUCGAAUCCUGGCCCAGCAGGCCAAGAAAGGUUUGAAACGGACCUCUGUGUUUUCGCGACUUGGAGCCGAAUCCAAGGCAGACACGACAACAAGCAAUAAUAAGCCAACCGGAGUGUUCAGUCGCCUCGACGGAGGGGAUGAAGGCGACGACGAACUGAGAGCAGGGAACGUGGCCGAAACCUUGAACGAGGACGAGGAAGACGAGGAGAGCGACGGAGAAGGCUCCGUCCUGCAGUACGCCGGCGUGCUGAAGAAACUCCCUCCGCUGCAGAGAAAAGGGCCAGCCACGAAACCAGCAGCGAUUACCCUGCGACGCCUGGGAGGCAAAUUCAAACUACCUCCCUCCGACACUCCCACCUCCUCCUCCUCUUCUCUCAACGGCGUCCCCGCCGCUAAGAUCAGUGUUCUUCAGAGACUGGGAAAGCUCCCCGCCACGCAUUCAAACGCCGCCCUGUCGUCCCCGGCCGCAGACACGCAGGACAACAGGGUGACCAGCAGCAGGCCCCGGGCAGAGGGGAGGGCGACCGCGGCGAGCCCCAAGGUGAGCAGCAGCACCGCGGCGGCGGGAGGAGGAGACGCCGUCAGCGCCCAGAUGGACGCCAGAGCCGUCAGCGUGUUCAAGAGACUGGGCAGCAAGAGAACCUAACACGCUGUGACUGAGUCAUAUCGCAACAUUUUACCAUCUCUCCUGCUACACAUACGACUUCAAAUUAUUAUUUCAUUGGAUGUUUAUAACGCAGUUUUAAUGUUAUUGUCAAAAUAAAUCUUACUUUAGUGGCGCUGCCAUUGAAAAGUCACAUUUAAAUGCUAUAUUGUUUAUCAUGUUUCGCUAAGUGUUGUUUUGCUCAUACUUUUUAAGAUGUUUUCUUAUUCGUCACUCAUAUCUUCCCGCUUUCUGCAUUUUAGAAAUAUUUAGGACUAUAAUAGUAAUUAUAGGGCAUGAGCAUGUCGACCGAGCUGCAAUGACAGCGGUUUGAAAUUUACCCUGAAACGCUACACUAAAGGAUGCUGCUGCCCGAACUCACCGUUCUGGAGAAUCCCCCCCCACCAAGAGUCCCCGACCGAACUCAGACCGAUAUGAUCUGUGUGACAGUUUUGUAAUUUGCCGCAACGUUUUCAGUUUUUCUCGGAAGAUCCUAUCGAGUGUACAUAGGAGAGUCGUUUUAUAUAUCAGACACACACGGCAGCAGUUGUACCGGAUGGUUGAACCCAUCAGUCGUCGUUAGCGUCACCUGAAAAAUUACCUCCCGCCUUGUGUUUUCGGACUAAGAAGUGUGUGCACGUGUUGAUGAGAAACCUGUUUGU